UCCUGUUCCUACACAAUCAUUUUGAUCUUUUGAGCCGUCAGAAAUAUUUUCUUUCACAUUUGCACUCCUAAACUAGUUAACUGUAUUGUUUGAUGUAAACAGUAGGCAUUUGGGGUCGUGUAACUGACUGAACUAUUUUGUUUUUGUCGUAAAGCAGGACGUCGCGAUACUUUUACGACCAUGCUGUGACGUCAUUAUCGUAACGUUACAGACUGUGCCGGUAAAUAAAGGUUUAGCUUUGCCUUGUACUUUCUAAACGGCUUUUAGUUGUUUUUCUUUUUCUUAAUAUUCAUGGUUGUUUAACGUAUACGAGAUAAUUGAAUAAUAGGGAUUGGUUUGGUGAACAAUUGUAGCAAAGAUGUCAGUUGAAAGUCAGCUAGCUAUUUGUUGCUAGCUGCAGCUCUCUUUAGCUUAACGCUAACAUUGACUUACUGUUACAGCUUUCAUUUUAAAUUGAUGCACCGAGACGUAUGCGUGUAAAAUAACCGUAUGCAUUAAACUACAGCCUGAACUGCGUGUGGAUUCGGUUUAUCGCCUUCGGGACUAAAAAUUAGCUUCAUGUAAAAUGUCAGCUCAAAAAGACUGCGAGUUUUUGGUGAAGAGAGCCCGGGAGCUGGUCUCUGAUGAUCCCUGUGCGGCCAAAGCCUGGCUCAUAACUGCCAGAACCCUUUACCCUGCAGAUUUCAACAUACAGUAUGAAAUGUACAUCAUUGAACGCAAUGCAGAGAGGACAGCCUCGGCGGGGAGACUGCUGUAUGACAUGUUUAUAAACUUUCCAGAUCAGCCCAUUGUUUGGCGAGAGAUCAGUGUCAUCACAGCUGCACUGCGCAGUGACUCUCAGGACAAACAUGCACAGUUUCUACGAGGGCUUUUUGAGACACUGCCUGGUCGUGUGCAGUGUGAGAUGCUACUGAAAGCCACAGAGCAGUGUUUCAAUACUUUGGAGAAGGCAGAGAUGCUGCUCCUUCUUCUUAAGCGCUUUCCAGAGUCUGUGGUCCAACACGGGGUCAAUCUAGGAGAAACCUUGUUAGAGGCGGAGGCAUCAGAGAAUGUGGAGACUCCUGUCAACUGUUUCAGAAAACUUUUUGUGUGUGAUGUCCUUCCUUUGGUCAUAAACAACAUGGACAUGCGCUUGCCGGCCAGCCUGAUGCAGAAGUACAUGCUGAAAGCAGCUGAAUUCUACAUCGGCUAUGUAACCCGUGGACCCUCAGCUGAUGUACAGAUACAGGGCUCUCAAGAAGGUGGGUCUCUGAAGUCACCCACUGUGUCCCGUGGCUCCCAGCGUUACGUGAUUGACGGCCUGACGGAAAAGUCGUCAGUGGUAGCAGAACCUUGGGAAAGGCUGUUGGACAUCCUCGCAGUGGUUGGAGCACGCUGCGAGUGGCAGGGAGAAAAGGGACAGAGGAGUUAUGUGGACAUGAUGCAGAGAGUGAAGGAGCUGUGUCGCUACCUGCCUGGACUGGAAGGAGACACGAGGUCCCGCUGCUGCAGUCAAGUGGUCAUCUGUGCUGCACUCGUCCUCUUCCGCAGCGCCUUCCUGUAUGUCUCAUCUGUGCAGCCUGCACUGUUCCAGGGUGUGAAUGCGUUGAGCUCUGGGCCGUGGAUCCUGGUAGAGGAUUUGAGCUUGGUGUAUAAUGAUGUGGAGGUGGAAAGAGGAGCAACGAAACAUGCACAUAAGAAACGCAAACUGGCAGAUGGAAGAGAGAAAGCGAUGAGCUCAGAUGAAGAGGAGGGGUUGGGAAAAGGUCGCGGUCGUCACAUUUUGGUAAACAAGACUGAGAUGCCCAGCUGGUCGGAGACUCUGGAGAGCUUCCGCACAGCGAGGGAAAGCUGGGACCUUCUUCACUCUCACGAUGGCCUGGAAACUGAGUUCAAGAAAAUCUGUGCCUCUUGGAAGACCGACAGCUGGCUGUGGUUCAGAAUAUUCCUCAGCGACAUGAUCAUAUACCAGGGACAGUACCGUAAGGCCCUCUCCAGUCUGCACCAGAUGGCUGCAGUGCAGCAGCCUCAGCCUGGGCAGCAGAGCCCCUCAGGUCAGGGCAGUCUGGAGCACCACAGGGCUUUCAUACAGCAGGCGUCCUGCCACUACGCACUGGGAGAGUACAGGAUGGCCUGUGAGAAGUUGCUUGAUGUUGUUGGCGGGCUGAUGCCCCCGACCCAAGAACCAACAAAGAGCCCAGAGGACUGGGGUAGAGUCAAGACCAAAACAAGAAAAGGUAAUGACCUGAGAUUGCUUCCCUGCACCAGCAAAGCUGUGUUACCUUUCUGUUUCCAGCUGAUGUUGGCCUGCUUCAAGCUCCGUACCUUCACAGACAGUCGUGACGAUCUGUCUCUCGGCCAUGUGGUGGUGCUCUUGCAGCAUGACUGGCCACAGGGAGAGAUUCUGUUUUUAAAGGCAGUGGAUAAGAUCUGUCAGCAAGGUGGCUUCCAGUAUGAGAAUUUCUUCAACUAUGUCACCAACAUUGACAUGCUGGAGGAGUUUGCAUACCUGCGAACUCCAGAAGGGGGAAGGAUUCAGCUGGAGCUGCUGCCCAAUCAGGGAAUGCUGAUCAAGAACCCUAGUCCCGCCUUGGGGGUGGAGUUAAAUACCCUUCUGCUACAAGGGGUGCAGACGAUGGACAGACACCACACAGUGACUCGUGGAAUCACCAAAGGGGUGAAGGAAGAUUUCCGUCUGGCCAUGGAGAGGCAGGUGUCGCGUUGUGGAGAGAACCUGUUCAGUGUGCUUCACCGUUUCUGCAUCAACGAGAAAAUCAUGAUCAUCCAGUCUCUUCCUUGACACCUGACGCCUGUGACCUUUGAAACUUUUGAUCAUUUAUAUUCCAGGCACCGUUUUAAUGCAGCUGGACUGACUUUAUGACGCCAACAUAUGACACAUUUUAAGCUCUCUUGUCUUCAUCAUCCAUCACAGAACUGAAUAAGAAUACAUCUCCUUGCCUUAAAAGUGGAUCUCUCUUUUUAGAGAGUUGGAGAGAAUACUUUUCUUUUUAAUAUACAGUUCUCAUGCAGUUUUCUUAGCAUGUGUGUAGUUUUCCUCUCAACACAUUUGAAGUGGUUUAAUCAUAUUGUGACAUUUUGUGGGAGUCGAUAUUGACAAAAGAAUGAACAGCAUUUUUGGGUAAAGUUUAUUGUUUUUGUUACAAACUUGAAGUGUUUGUUUGUAUAAAUGUUUUCAUUAAAUGUCCUCUAAAUGCUCUAAA